AUGUGGAGCCUUACUGGUCAGAAACCAGCUGGCAGGCAGCAGGCAUCUCCACGUGAGGCUAAUCCUCUGUGGUGGAGCCGUGUGCCUCCUGAGGACGGAGAAAUGGGAAUUGGAUCUGGACUUAAUAUUUCAGAUGACGUUGCCCCGUAUGGGGGCAAAAGUGCCUUUACCCAACUGGAGCACAACAUAGUGGCCGGAUACCUUAUUACUGCAGGUGUCAUCAGUUUAACCAGCAACCUUGUGGUGCUGCUGAUGUUCGUGAAGUAUAAAGAGCUCCGCACAGCCACUAACUCCAUCAUAAUCCACCUGGCCAUCACUGACGUGGGGGUGGCUGGGAUCGGCUACCCCAUGUCCGCCGCCUCAGACAUCCACGGCAGCUGGAAGUUCGGCUACACUGGUUGUCAGAUCUAUGCAGCUCUUAACAUCUUCUUUGGCAUGGCCAGUAUUGGCCUGCUGACGGUGGUGGCCAUUGAUCGCUACCUCACCAUCUGCAGACCAGACAUAGGGCAGAAGAUAACUGGACAAUCCUACAACUCUCUUAUUCUGGCAGCAUGGCUGAAUGCUGUGUUCUGGUCCUCCAUGCCUAUAGUGGGCUGGGCUGGCUAUGCCCCCGACCCCACUGGAGCUACAUGCACCAUCAACUGGAGGCAGAAUGAUGCCUCCUUCAUCUCCUACACCAUGGCAGUGAUUGCUGUGAACUUUGUGGUUCCGCUCUCUGUCAUGUUUUACUGCUACUACCACGUGUCCCUCACUGUCAGGAGAUAUAAAGCCACCAACUGCCUGGACAGCAUCAACAUCGACUGGUCGGACCAGAUGGACGUCACCAAGAUGUCCAUUGUAAUGAUUGUCAUGUUCCUGGUUGCCUGGUCUCCGUACUCCAUGGUGUGUCUCUGGGCAUCAUUCGGUGACCCCAAGACCAUCCCUGCUCCCAUGGCCAUUGUUGCUCCACUCUUUGCCAAGUCCUCCACCUUUUACAAUCCCUGCAUUUAUGUUAUUGCCAACAAAAAUUUUAGGAGAGCCAUCAUAGGAAUGAUUCGAUGUCAAACCAGGCAGCGGAUCACCAUCAACACCCAGGUUCCCAUGACAACCUCCCAACAACCGCUGACCCAGUGA